CUAAAAACAGGAAGUAUGCCAAAACUCUAGGGAAGUCAAUGUGAUGCCCAGAAGACACUUGGAGGGAAGAAAGAAAAGUUGACUCUCCUGGCUUCAUCAUGGCUUCUCAGAGGCUUCAGAUCCUUGGUAUCCUGCUGUCCUUCAUCGGCUGGAUGGGUAUAAUCAUCACCUGCGCUCUUCCCAUGUGGAAGGUCGGUGCUUUCAUUGGGGGGAACAUCAUCACCGCACAGGUGAUCUUGGAGGGCCUGUGGAUGAACUGUGUGACCCAGAGUACAGGGCAAAUGCAGUGUGAAGUGUACGACUCCUUACUGCAGUUGCCUCAGGACCUGCAGGCUGCCAGGGCCAUGGUGAUCAUCUCUGUGAUUGUUGGGGUGUUUGGCAUACUGACUGCCAUUGUUGGAGGGAAAUGCACCAACUGCAUGGAGAAUAAGGCAUCCAAAGCUAAAGCCUGCAUCGUCUCUGGAGUGAUCUUCAUAAUAACAGCCUUACUGAUCCUGAUACCGGUGUCCUGGUCAGCUCACAUUAUCAUCAGAGACUUCUACAACCCGAUGGUGAUCUCAGCACAGAAACGGGAGUUUGGCCCUGCUCUCUACAUCGGCUGGGGCUCUGCAGGUCUGCUGCUUCUAGGAGGGGGUCUGCUAUGCAGCAACUGCCCCCCAAAGAACAGCAGAACCUACAUAUCUGCCAAGUUCAGCCAAGCAAAAACCCUGUCAACAAAUGAGUAAGUUGUGUAAGUCUCUUGGCCAGAGGGGUUUUUAAUUACGUCAAAAAAGAUGCCAUGACUUAAAUAUUUCUUUUACUGAGUUGAAUACAUACAAGUUUUGAUUUAACCUAUAUUCUUUUUAAACUACCAUUUUCUUAAGAUAAGUCUUUAUUGUAAUCCUGAGUAGUAUGAUACAUAUGAUAAAUGCACCAACAGGUCUAAAGACCAGAACAUUUUUAUUCACCCAUUAAUGGAUCAACAAACAGCUUGCACUCUGACACACCUUUUGAGUCUAAAAUCAAAUCAUUUUGUUAUUCCUUUGUUUAUGCUGGAUUUGUAAAAUACUACUAUGAAAUAAGCUGAUACAUUUGACCUCCUUUUUAUGUCCAUAAGGCACAAAAACAAAUGUUCUUUUACGUGUAAAUCACGUAAAAGAAAGCUCAGCCACAGAGGAAACAUACCGUGCAGUACACAGCCAAACAUCUCUGUAUUAAAAAUGCGUUUUUAAAAACAAAGUUUGAAAUGUAUUAAAUC